AUGGCUUUUCCCACUCUUUUCCCUGAUGGUACAGGCGAUCCAACUAAUACUGCUACAAAGCGACAUGCAACCUUGGGUGAAAAAGUAAAGCAUUUGAUGAAGUUUGCUGAAAACAUCAAUGGUGAAUGGGUGUACAGAUUUGCAAGACAUCCACGAUUUGCUUACUGGGCAUUCAAUAUGAUCCAAAGACACAGACUUCUUGGUCAGGGUAGUAUAUUUCUUAAACAAAAUCCAAAUGAAGCCCACCUAACUGUUGAACAACUAAAAAAAAUGCUUACUACCAAUAGCUAUUCUUCACUUAUGUCUAAGCUGAUGCAUUAUGCCAAAAACAUAACUGGUAGCACUGGUUAUUGGCAAAAGUCAAAAGAAGAUUUGAAAGCUACAAUAAGCCAAAAGGGACCUCCAACAAUAUUUUUUACUUUAUCAUGUGCAGAAUAUCACUGGCCAGAAUUUCACAAGCUUUUAAGCAACAGUUUCACUGAAAAACUGACUCCAGGUGAUAGACACAAAAAUGUUUUAAACAAUCCACAUCUGUUAGAUUGGGUCUUUUCAGAAAGAACUGAUCGGUUUGUCAAGUUUUGGUUGAAAGAAUCACUGCACUCUUCCUGGCAUUGGUAUAGAUAUGAAUAUGCAGUCCAAAGAGGACCAAUCCAUUGUCAUGGAGUUGCUAAAUUAAAAAAUGAUCCAGGAUUAUGUACCCUCACUGAGAAGGCCCUCAAGGGAUACUUAGCUUCAAAAUUUAAAAGUGAAAACCAACAUGAACUAACUAAAGAGCAAAUUGUGAAUAUUGACAACGAAAUACAAGAAGGCAAAGAGGCUGAGACAAUUCUUUGUAGAUAUGUUGACUUUUUGAUGUCAACCUGGAAUCCUUCCCCUCCUGAUGAUGGAUGGUCAAAACCAGAAAUUCACCCAUGUCAAAAAUCAUAUCUUUCAUUAAAAACCAAUGAAAUGGCAAAUGAUUACGUACGUUUGUUAAAUUCAGUCGAGAGACACACUACAUGUAGUACUAAAUAUUGUCUUCGACAAAAUGACAAAUCCGAAUUGCAUUGUAGAUUUAACUUUCCUUAUGACGACUGUCCUGACACUAGACUUGAUUUUGAACCAAUAAAUACAAAAACUGGCGAAACAAAAUAUAAAGCUGUUAUUGUCACAAAACGAAAUGACUCUAGAUUGAAUCAUCAUCAACCAUUACAACUUCAAGGGUGGAGAGCAAAUUGCGACAUUCAAAUUGUUAUAUAUUAUCAUGCCUGUCUGGAAUAUCUUGUUAAAUACACAUCCAAAGCUGAGAAAGCAUCUUCUGUUGUCAAAAAUGCAUUCACCAAUAUUAUCACAAAGAUGAAUGAUACAACUGAUACUCCAAGUGCCCUUAAGCAAAUUUUGCUGAAAACUGUUGGUCAAAGAGACUAUUCUAUUCAAGAGGUAAUGCAUCAUUUACUGUCAAUAAAAUUUGUAAGUGCAACACAUGAGGUUAUCACUGCAUCUCUUGAUGGAUCGAGAAGAGUACACCUUAAAGCAAAUAACCAAAUUUGUACUGCUCCUUCAUUGCUUGAUACCUAUGCUGAACGUUACAAGUAUCUCAAGGUAGACCCGCAGUUAUUAGAGUACAAUUUUUUCAAGUUUGCAUCAAUGUUUACUUUCAAAGCCUCUAAUCUUAAACAAAGAGACAAAAGUGUAAUUGUCAAAACCUAUCCUAAUUAUUCAUCCAAUCCAAAGAGUGAAGACUAUGGUUUGUUUUGA